CUGGGCUCUUUCUCUCCUACUGAACACGACGACGAUAGCGAGCACCUUACUCUCUCUCUCUUCAGUCGCUCACUCAGUACGCAACACAGGCAAUGACCACCCCGGCCUCAGGCACUGGCGCUGAGGCGUCUGGCGCCGUCGUCGUCUCGACCACCACGGUCGAGACAACGACGCUCGCGGCACCUUCCUCGCCGCUCGUCGGCGCAGGCUUCGACCCAGAGGACGAAGGCACCUCGGUCUUUGAGCUGGUACACACGCUCCACGCUACCAUCACUGCGGCCAUCGACACGCCCAUGACGUGGGACGAGCUCAAGUCGCCCAGCGUCAACUACACGCUCGUCAAGCCCAUUGUGCAGCGCUUCAAGCCGACCGAGGACGACGACGACGAUAACGACGGCCACUCGCUCGGCGGCGUCCUCUACGCCAUCUUUGCCAACCGUGUCCAGUUCAUCAACCUCGCGGACGAGGACCUCUCGUACGCGCCGCUCCAGUCCUCGCGCGCCCUGUUCUGCGAGCUCCUCGCCAUCAAGAUCCUCCGCACGAGCCCAACGGUGCAGGACGAGGCCGAGCUCUGCAGCGAGCUUGUGCGUGCGUGGAGUGCGCUCGAGGGCGCUCCGGACACCGUCAUUGCCUCGCUGCAUGACGGCGAGCGUCUUGUCAAGACCCGCACGUCGGCGCUCGACCUCGCCAUCGUGUCUGGCUCCAAGAAGUUCCUCUCCCAGCCCCUGGUGCAGCACCUCAUCACCCUCAUCUACGAUGGUGAUCUCAUCUACUCGCCCGUGUCGAGCCACGCCCUCAUCGCCGACUCGCUCUCCAAUCCCGCUCCUAAGCGCCGUCGUCGCGGUAUCACCAGCACCGAGGAGCACGAGGAGGAGGAGGAGGAAAGCCAGCCAGUCGAGGUGUACGCCUACAAUCCUUACAAGGCUGGCUGGCUCGACUACCAGCGCCUCAGAGUCCCGCGCUGGCGCCGCUGGAUCGAGUUCCUCUCGCUUACCAUCCUCAUCACGCUCUUCCUCCUGACCCUGUCGACCCGCCGCGUCCGCCACCCUAUCCACUUCACCAACGUCGAAAUCCUCUUCAUUGCGUACACGUUUGGCUUUAUCCUCGACGAGUUUGCCGCCUCCAAGGAGCACGGUCUCGCCGUGUACCUCGCGUCCGUGUGGAACACGUUUGACCUGACGUUUAUCGGCAUCUUCCUCACGUAUCUCUUCCUUCGCCUGAGAUCGCUCGCGACGCACGACCCGGCGACCGCGGAUCUCGGCUACGAUAUCCUGUCGCUCGGCGCGUGUAUCCUCUUCCCGCGUCUGGCGUUCAUCCUGAUCCAGGACAAUGUCGUGCUCCUCGCCCUUCGGGGCAUGAUCGCCACGUUCUUCGGCUUCAUGGCCCUCAUCGCCAUCGCGUUCAGCGGCAUCUUCUUCUGUCUCUGGACCAUGGGCAAGGAGAAGCAGAUCCGCACCGGCCGCAUCUUUGGCCUCAUGUUCUCGACCUGGUUUGGCGGCUCGUCGAGCGUCUUUGGUUUUGAGCGCGUCCCGCCCGAGGAGAUCCACCCGACCCUUGGCCCCGGCGUCCUCUUCGCCUAUGCGCUUCUCUGCGGUCUCUUCCUCGUUCCCAUGCUCACGUCCCUCCUGUCCAACAAGUUCUCGGCAGUCCGGUCCAACGCCAACGAGGAGUACCUCUUCCAGCGUGUCGUCACCACGGUUGAAGGUGUCAAGUCGGACGCCAUCUUCUCGUACCUGCCGCCAUUCAACAUUGCCGCGCUGGUUAUUCUCCUGCCUCUGGGUGAAUUCGCCAGCCCACAGACCCUCCACAACGUCAACGUCUUCCUCAUCCGCCUGACGAACUUCCCCCUUCUCUUCCUCAUCUCCGCCUACGAGCGCUCUCGCUACCGUGCGCUCCGCCGUGCCGUCCGCCUCGGCGAGCGCGGCGUGCACCCCGAGUACAAGAACAGCUGGACCGACACCUUCCUUGGCGGCGGAGCCCAGAGCGUCAUCCGCGCUGCCUUUGAGGUUGCGCCACCCGUGGUCAAGCAGGAGACGCCGCCUGCGUCCGAGAGCCCCUCCAAGGCUGGCGCCGACGUCAAGCCUGGCAAGGAUACGCUUGCGCCAGCGGCCAAGAAUGGCAAGGACAAGGCUGCGCCGCCUCCUCUCCCUCUUGCCGCGUCCAAGCCGGCCGGCCGUCCACUCGAGUCGCCUCUUGGCAGGCUGUUCCGCCAAGAGCGCAGCGGUGCGACGGUCACUGUCACUGCGGAGGAGUGGGCCGAGGUCCGCGACUCGCAGAAGCGCCUCGAGGAGAUGCUUGACAAGCUCCUCGCGGUGAGCGGGGCCGCCAAGUAAUCUCGGCCCUGAGUAACCACUGCGGCCAUCAUCGCCGCACCGCCUCUCGGCGAUUGAAGUUUCUCUCCUUCUUGUACAUAGUUAAUCUUUACGACCGUAGUCCACUUGACGGCACUUCACGACGUCAUCACGUCAAUCAUACGCCCCCUCCUCCACCUCCAAAUGCAAC